UUUUAUAUUUUAUGUAUUUUAUAGGAAAAAAAAUGAGUCUCAGAAAAUCAUUGCGAUCGAGCUCAAGUUUCAUUAAUCCCGAUAGUGUUGCAAUAUAUUAUUGCCAAAAUAAGUUAGAUCCAGAGUUCUUAGUGAAAAAGUUUAUAAAUAGUGCUAUUGGUUUUGGUGUCUUUGUGACAAAAGACCUAUCUUCUGGAGAAUUUUUAUGCGAAUAUGAUGGCAUUUUAUCCGAUAAAGAGCCAAAUAAUAGUCAAACUAACAACUAUUUAUUUUCAAAUAUUGCUCAUUGCGGAAAAAAGUUUUAUUUAGAUGGCUCUAAUAGCAAACAAAUGGGGGCUUAUAUCAACGACACUUCUGUACAAUAUCAAAACUGUAAUAUGAAAAAAGUUGUUGUGGAUAACAAGCCUUGUCUUUGUUUAUUUGCAAUUAAAGAUAUAAAGUCUGGCACGGAGCUUAGAUACAACUAUGGUGAUAAAGCAGAUAACUUAUGGUGGAGAACUGAUAAAACAUUACUCCAGCCUUAUAUCCUAUCGGAUGGAACUUGCGUUCCAGCUAUAAGCAAACAACACAGUUUAAAAGUUUCAGAGGUUUUGAAACUUAUGAAAAAUGAAUCCUUACCUGUCGAGAAAUCAAAGGUGGUUCAAAACACCAGCAAAGUCGAAUUCUCAAGCAAAUCACUCAAUCCUCCAUUUAUUAAAAUUGAGGACAAAUCUAGAUUGUAUAGGCCAAUGUACAAAGAAGAAAUUGAAUCUGGUUUUCCCUUAAUCUUUCAUUUAAAAGAAAGUUUCCAAGUCAAUUCAAAUAACGAAACUAUAACUAAAAAUUGCAAAUCUUACUGUGAGUGUUGUGAAGUUAAAUUUGAAGAUUUAAAAUUGCAUUUGAAUGGAAAUCAACACAGACAAUUUGCUUUAAACAGUAAUAACUAUGCAGGUGUUGAUGAUAUUAUAAAAAGUUUUUCUUUUGAAAAAUUUCUUUUGGAACUUGAAAGUAGUUUAAAACAUAAUGUUACGUUAUCAAGUUUAACUUCUAUUGAAGAGACACAUGUUCAUUCCGAUAAUAAACAUAUAGUUAUUGAAGUUAGUGAAAAUAGUAGUGAUUUUGUUGAUUUUAGUUUAUCAAGUGAUAAAGAAAAACAUAAAGUAAAUGAAUACGAAAAAGUUGAUCCUGAAGUUGUAAAUUGUCUCUCUAUUGCUAAAAAUGAAAAUAUAACCAUAAAAAAGACUAUUCAAAGAGAAAAAAAGAUGUGUCCUGAAUGACGUGC